GCAUUGGAAGAAAAUUAAAUUUGCUUAAAAAAACUUUAACAUGAUUGUAAAACUGCCAUCGAAUGGGUCAAAAAUUUCACGAUUCAWAGUAAAACUUUUUGAUGGCUUCUUGGAACUCGGCUUCGUGGAAUGGUGGCGAUGUAAAAAUUCAGCAACCUCAAAAUGGCUUUUUUAGUCUAUUAGGUGAUUGGCAAUAAUGGAAGGUGCUUCAAGAAAUGUGGCAGAUUUUUAUAACAAUGUUGCAGCACUUGGUGAAUUUUCAAAAUGCAUGGAUCCACAGUUCAAAGAUAUCAAAAACUGGGAACUCUUUGCAUUUGGUCUUGAUGUUCCUGCAGAUGUAAUACGUAUUUGUAAACUGUACUCAGAGUAUAGUCCAACAAUAAGGCUGUUUCAAUAUCUGAGCCUCACACACCCAAAUAUGACUGUUAGUGAUCUAAAAGCUGUCCUAACAAGAAAUAAGCAGAGAGCAAGAUUUGAUUUGUACAGACUACUCAAAGGUACUAUAAAGCCCUGAAUUUAAAGAUAUCCAAACCUUCAGUCUGCCACUGAAUACUCUGGCCCAGUAAAUAUGUUUAAAAAAAAGAAAAG